AUGCGCUCAUCAUCCUCCAGAUUGAUAUCUAUUCUCUAUCACUUCUUGAGCAUUUCUCUCGGCGCUUCGCUUCAUAAUGUACUCAGUCGUGUUAAGGCUCAUCCUCAGACCUACCCCGCAAUAGACAUCGCCUACUCCUCUACAGACCCGAUUCGAGAGCCGGUGACCCUACAACUAUCCUCGAAUGGUCUCCGGCUGCGUUUCGAUGGUCCCGACCAAAGAUUACGUCUGAUCGAAGUACUCGACUUCACCAAGAUCCCCCUAGUGUACAAAAACCAGGAAGUUUUAAAAGGAGGCAAACCGCAGGAACGGGCCGUCUCGCACCAGGGCCCUAGUUUCGGACAUAUUUAUCACCGCCUAUUUGGUCUUUCCUAUCCCGGCGAAUAUAGACCUCCGACUAAUCAGUCACCAUAUGGCACAUAUGUGUUGUCCUACCCCGGGGUGGCCUUUUCAUUCCCCCUCCAACACUCGGCUUGGUCAGACCAGUGUGAUUUUGUAGCGUUGCUUUCUUCCUCGGCAGCCUUGCCGGCCACUUCUAUGGCAAUAUUCCAGGGCGAUUCCUGGCCCGAAGCUCAGGGGAGAUUGUUCACUCAAGAGCAAAAGUAUCCUCGAAACCCGGCCCUAGCAGGCAAGAACAGAGAAUCUGUCCCAGACGAAAUUGAAGAGUUUAAUAUCCUAGGUGCGGGUAAACUUGAGGUCAUUCGGAGAUCGUCACCUACCAGCUACAUCACGCUGUCGGAAACCACUCCGCAAGAUCUCGUGGCGGAGUUUGGGCCGCCCGACGCAAUUUAUCGUAAGCAUGAUAGGAGGAUAACGAUCCACCGCGCUGCUGGCGGGGGUGGUGAAGACCAUAUUCACCUGAGUCCGCCCCCAGGUAGAGGAAUUAACGUGACUGAUACGGACCAGUCGUCGAAUAACAGCGGCACGGAGGAUUCAGACGAAGAGCUCCACCAGCCCCAUAAUUUGGACCCGUCAUCGCUACCCACGGAAUGUUUCCUGAAUUAUUUCCAUCAUGGGUUCGAUGCGUUCGUAUCUUAUCCAACCACCCCUGGGCCUGCAUUUCCGGGAUCCGACCUUCAGGACCCAUCCCCUCCAUCUCCUUCCACUCAGUUGGUAGUGACUAAAAUCAUUCUGCAUGGAAACGUACCAGGAUCAUAUCCGUUCAAUCGCCAUCGACGCAGUCGUUGGAAGAUAAAGCUGGACUCGUCGGGGGAUGCAGUCUCUUCGGAAACCCGCUACGACGAGAUCUCCGAGCGGCUCAGGGAGGUCUGGAAGGGCUCUUACACGAACCCUGCCGAAGAGCGAGCCUUACAGAGGCCCAUGGUACUUAAUCGAGGAUGGGGCGAUAGUCCUGAGAGUAGCGUGGAAUUCCUUGGCGGAUGGGAAGAGAGUACAGGUAAAGGCCAGAGGCCUGGACAGGAUAGUCACGAUGGAGGUUUAGGGAACACGGAACUUUUUGGCUUUCCUGGUCUGCUGUUUGAGGUUAUGAAGAAUAGUGCAGUUAGCUGCUUGACAGUAUAUUAG